AUGGUGUCUGCUCUAUACAGAUGGCAUAAUCUUGGUAGCCGAGAACAGGGAAGGGAAGAACUGGAGGGGAAGGUUGUAAGGUGGAGAUAUGCCUUGGAGAGUAGAGGUUUAAAGAUAAGCAGGAAAAAGGCAGAAUAUAUGCCAACCAAAUUGGAUGGCAACCAGCAAACAACAACCAAAUUAGGCGGAGGAAACAUCAGAAGGGUUCAUAAAUUCACAUACCUUGGCUCAGUGAUUGACAAUGAGGGGAACGUGGAAGAGGAAAUUAACAACCAGAUUCAGUGUGGUUGGAACAACUGGAGGAAGGUGUCUGGUGUCAUAUGUGAUAGGAAAGUCCCUAUAAGAUUAAAAGGCAGAUUGCACAAGAGAAUGGUCAGACCAGCAAUGACAGAGGGCAGAAAGUUGGACGUAACCAAGGUGAAGAUGCUUAGUUGGAUGAGCGGAGUAACCAAAAAGGAAAGGAACGGAGAGCUGAGGGCAGAGAUCGAGGUGGCAGGACAUGGGAGGACGUGGAGGCAGAGUCGUGGUGAGGAGGAGGAGGAGGAGGAGGAGGUGGAAGAGCAGCAGCAGCGGGAGCGGGAGGAGGUGGAGGAGGAGGAGGAGGAGGAGGAGGUGGAGUGGGAGGAGGAAGAGGAGGGAGGAAAAGCAUAG